GAUGGUGUGUUCAUUUUAAGAAGCAGCAGGUUAGAGACUUUGACAGUUGAGAGCGUGAGACCAAGAGAGAAACAUGAUGGCUGAAUUCAGAUGGAUUAUAAUGUCUUUAUUUCUGAUGCUGCUGUUUAAGUUUACAGCAGCAGCAACUGAGAAAUAUUCCUUAGUUGGAGAUGAAGUCACUUUGUCUUGUGAAAAUGUGACACAUGAUCAGGAUAACUGUGACAGUGCUACAUGGGUAUUUAGUGAUGGAGGAAACACAUUGAUGCUGUUUGAACAUGGGAAGAUAGACAGAGAAGCUGAAGCUAAAUCAGACAGACUGAGUGUUACAGCAAACUGUUCUCUGGUUAUAAAGAAGGUCGGACAUGAGGAUGUUGGACAUUUCAUCUGCAGACAGUUCAGAUCAGGACAACUAGUUUCAGAGUCUCAGGUUCAUCUGUCAGUUGUUACCAUGACUGAAUUUAAGGACAGUGAUUUUGUCAUCUUGUUAUGCUCUGUGUGGACAUAUGGACAGUGUCCACACACAGUGAAGUGGUUGUAUGAGGGUGAUCAGAAUGACUUGGAGACAUCACAGCAUACAUGUUCAGCCUCUGUGACAUUUACAUCUGACUAUAAUCAGAAGUUGAAGUAUUCUGAGUUAUUGAAAUGUGAAGUGACAGAUGGUCACACUGAAGAAGUUCAUCAGUUCACCUUCAGCCCUCCUCAGUCCUCAGGUGAGAAACCAGGUCAUGACGCAACAAUUGAAUCACCAUCUACAACAGGAAAUAAAUGGACGUCAUUGAAAAAGAGCACAUCAGAAGUCACAAACAACACAACAUCUGAAAACAAUAAUCAAAUAAAUCAAGGCUGGUGGAGGUUCAUUGUUGUGUCUGUGGGUUUAGCAAUGCUCAUAAUAAGUGUUGUCACAAUCAACAUAUGGACAAGAACUAAAGGGAACAAAACACAGAUGGAUGAAAACAUGGUGUUUGCGGUCCAUAGCAGUAGUGCUGCCGUACCACGCAGGGAUGCAGCUGGUCAGGAUGCCCUCCACAAUGCAGCUGUAGAAGUUGCUGAGGAUUUUGACGUGACAUGCCAAACUUCCUCAGCCUCCUCAGCUGAUCCUGAAGCUGAUGUUUCCUACGCCUCCAUCAGCUACACCAAGAACACAGGCCGUAAAGCCAAGGUCCGUCUUGAUGAUGAUGAUGAUAAAGGUGAUGCAGUGACCUACAGCACUGUGAAAGCUCCCUCCUCUUCUUCUGCUGGAGCCUCUGCUGAUCCCAGAAACCUCUACGCUACCAUCAACAAACCAACCAAAUAAGAUGUUACUUAUUAAAUGCAACAUGUUUUAUAACAACUGCAGGAUUGUUUGGAUCGUAGAUUCAGAAUUUUAAGUGAGCAGAAUUAUAAUAAGCAUGAUCUCACUUGGUCAUGUCAUGCAUUUGCUUGGCUUAACUGUAGCAAAGUGAGAACACAGCAGCAGCAGCAGCAGCAGCAGCAGCUCUAUGACACAUUGAGGGAGUUGAGGCUCCCUCUAGAGGUGGAGAGUGUAUAAAAAGGAAGCAGACAUAUUGGAUAUAUAUACUGUAUUCUUAGUGCUGUGUCCCUGCAUGGGCACAAUGCAGGUUUUGUAACACUGAAUCUUGUUUGUUUUGUUAUACCAUUUCAUUGAAUAUUGCUUUUUGCUGAGUGAAUUUGAUUAGCCAUGUUAUGCUUUCAUGA